UCUCUCUGCUCGAAGUUUUUUUGGCCCCAAAAACCCCCCUCGCCCCAAACCCCAACUAUAUUCGAUUACAAACCCGCCAAAAGGUUUUUCACCAAAUUUUGGGGUGUUCACGGUGUUUUUCGUUCAACAACGGAAGGAAGACGUGUUUUAUGGAUUUGGGUAGGUGAUCGAUGGAGAAUACGGGUGUGGUGGAGUCUAUGGAUGGAUCGGAGGUGAGAUCUGAGAGUUUGGGAGAGAAACGACCGCUGGAGAAUGGAUUGGAUCGGGAUUUGGGUAGUAAGAAGGCUAGAGUAGGAGGCGAGGAUGUGGUGUUGGCUGGUAAUGUGAAGAAAGUGGCGGAGAUUGUGUUGUUGUUGGCUACGAUGGGGAAGAUGAGGGGUGGUCGGAAGCCGACGGCGGUGGAGGUGCAGAUGAUGGUGGAGGCGAGGGAGAAAUUGGCUGAUGUUUGUAAAGAAUUCGCUCCAAAAGAUAUUUUCCCUAGGGAUGCUUUUGGGACGGUUAUUGAAGAUCUCGGUCUUAAUAGAUUGAAGGAACAGAGGUUAGGGAUUCGACCUCAAAAGAUGUCGAUUGCUGAGAAAUUGAAGUUUACAAAAGAAAAGAUGGAAAAGUCUGAGGUGUUUCCAUUGCGUUCUAAUAUCUAUACACCUCCGCGGCUGCAAUCAAACUUAAGUGGGGCCGCUGAAAGCCGUGGGACGUCCAAUGUUCGGAUGUUUUCAUCAGAUAAAGCGAAUCCUGCAUCUGUUUCUUCUGGAAGCUUCCAGCAUCCUUCCAACACGGUUCAUGCUUCCGCAGCCAAUUCACGGACUUUACCUUAUCAGUUGCCCACCAGUGAGGUAAGGCCUGGGGUGUCAAGUGUCUCACCUAGCAUUCAAAUGCUUCGGGCUGAGAGACCACAAUUCAGAUUAGAUGUUGGAUCAAAUGGUUCUUCUUAUGCAUCAGAGUCCCAAGCAAUUUCUGCUGGAGAUCACAUGAAGGGGAAAACUCCAACAUGGUCCAUGCAGCCUCAAUCUGGCUCCUUUGCUAAACUUGGAUCGGAUAAGAUGUCUGCUAACACUUUCGUCAAGGCCGAGGGCUCAUCUGAUAUGGCUACAUCUCGUGUUUCCUACCAAGGGAUUACGUCUAAACCUUUCAUCACCCAAGUAACAUCAAGUCCUAUGACUGCAAAUCACAUGCAACACCGUAUGAACUUCAUUCAAUCUUCUGAUACCCAUGGUGAAAUUAGUAAAAUCGUUCAAAAGUUACUUCAACCACAUCUGCCCGACCAUCCCACAUGGAAUCCGCCUUCACGGGAUUAUAUGAGCAAGGCUUUGACUUGUCAAAUGUGCAAGGGUACGAUUAAUGAGGUGGAUACUGCACUUGUAUGUGAUGCUUGUGAAAGAGGGUAUCACUUGAGAUGCUUACAGUGCAACCCGAAAGCUAUCCCUAGAGGUGAGUGGCAGGAAUGGCAUUGUGCAAAGUGUUUGGCUAUAAGCAACGGAAAACCGUUACCUCCUAAAUAUGGGCGGGUUAUGAGAAACAUAAGCACACCAAAGUUAUCUUCCAAUGCUUUGGUGGGUCAACCAUCUUUAGAUAAGAAAGUGCAAUCUUCACAUGUGAAUGUAAAUCAGCAGAUGAUGACAACAAAUGAGAACUUUGUGAAUAUUUCACAAAGUGCUUCUGGUGGAACCGCGGGUACCGACAGUAAAUUGGCAGAAGUGCAAGCUAAUGAUAAGAACGAAUGUGGAAUUCACGGAUCUCUAGAACAAUCUUCCGUAAGCAGCUCUAUUGAGGGAUCACAUGAAGAGAAGUUAGUAACAGUGUCAGAAUCACAGCCUUCUGCUAAUUUUUCAGAAUUUGGUAGUAACAGUUUAAUUAAGGAGGAUAAACAAGGUGAUCAUGUUGAAAAAAGUGAAACCUGUAUUGUGGGUAGUGAGCAUGAGGGCCCUUCAUCGAGUGACAUGAAUGAAGUUGAAUGGCUUGGGGGUGUACAGAAAGAAACUGAUGGAAAAACAUAUUACCAUUCUUGCUGCAUCAAUGGAAUUGUAUAUAAAGUGAAGGAUUAUGCUCUUUUCAGCUCUCCUGGCAACAAAUAUUUGCCGAAUAAACUACAGGCCAUGUGGGAAGAUGGCAAAACGGCAAAAAAGUGGGUUACUGUCACCCGCUGUUUCUUUCCUGAUGAUUUGCCUGAGGGUGUUGGUCGCCCAUGUGCCCCAGAAAGCAAUGAGGUAUAUGAAUCCAAUCAUGAAAGUAUGCUAGCGGCUGGCUUGAUUCAUGGCUCAUGUGAAGUUCUUUCUCCAAGCAAAUUCUCUGAAGAAAGUGUUGUGCGAACUCGUUUGAGGGCAAGAGGCAGUGAUAGACCGAAACCACUAUUUCUCUGCAAAUGGUUUUAUGAUGAAAAGAAACGGCUAUUUCGAGAUGUUACCUGCUAGUGUAGUUCAUGCAGUCACAGGCAACUCAAAGCUCUCCUUUCACCGCAUUUUUCACCUUGUUACAUAGGUGGGAUUCGGGUUGGUCUACGUUUUCUUUGCAUCAUAAGUAGAAAUACUCGAGCAUGCUUAAACCGUUCGUGCCAACAGGUGAUGCUUAUCGGAGUUGGGAGCGCAUGUAGGAAUCAGAGAGGUACGCAACCUGUACAACAUAGAUGUAGAUUGACAGUAGUAGCUGUAUUUCUGUUUACCAUAGCAUUAGGAUCGUUAGGCAUCUCCCACUCGUAUGCCAUAAAGGGAUAAUCACCCUUUUGUCAUUCGUAGUAGUGGCUGAGGGGUUCAAAAUUUAGCUUCAUGAUGUGUGAUUUCUUUAGAACCAUAUCAAUAUGUUCUAAUUCUUAUUUAAUGGGUGGUAGCAUGAAUUUACAUAACGUUGAUGUCGUGUUUGGUUUAUAAAUGUUUUUCAGGAAAUUCCAUUUACCACAAUAAAAAAACCAGGGUAAUCUAGAGUAGAGAUGCGCAAAAGAGCCC